GCCAUUAAAACAUCUCGAAGAGUACAUCUUGUGUCUCCUGUUUUUCAGGUCCUGGUAUCUACCCUCCCCUCCAUACCUGGUGUAACACAAACAAUAUCAAUUGAACCUGAACAUUAUUUUGACAUUUGGUCAAAUCCAACCAGCAUAACUUCAAACGGCAAGCGUCUCUCUCGCUCGUAUUCAGCUUCAAAGAUCAUGUCAAGUUACUUUCCAACGAUGAAGAUGAAAUCAAGGUCUAAUGACGAGGCAGACGACAUGUAUAAUGUCCAUGGCCAUGUUGUCAAUAUCUCGCGGAUGACAGUAUUGGAAAGUCUGAGGAGGAUUAUAAAGGCAAAGUCCGCAAACCAGAGAGAUUCAUUAGGAAUAGCAGAUUUCGGAACUUCAGACGGACGUGCUUCAUUUUCUCUCGUCAAAGAAAUGAUAAGCAUCAUACAUACAGAGAUGGGGAUGGGACAAGACGUUUUGGUGUACUAUAAUGACCAGCCGAUGAACGACUUUAAUCUACUGAGUAAAGUCAUUCAAGGCGAGGAAUAUGGUUCAGGACUAACAUACACCAGUACCGUCUACCCAGUGAUCAUACCGAGGACUAUGUAUGGACAGUGUCUCCCUGAUCAUUCUUUGGAUCUCUCUAUCUCUGCUGUUGCUACGCACUACUUAUCCAAAAAGGUUUGUCAAAUACAAAAUGGCGUGUUUAUGGUUGAGGCAGAUGACUCGGAACAAACUUUGAUAAGAGAACAAGGAAAAAUCGAUUGGAGGAAUUUCGUGAUUUCAAGAGGGCGAGAACUAAAGCCAGGCGGAUUUCUCAUAACCAUGAAUUUAUCGUCAGACGACAAUGGCAGUCAGCCGAUGAAUGUACACAAGGGAGUUCCCUUACUUGGCAGUCUUGUAGGCGAUAUGGUAAAAGAAGGGAAAAUAGCACAGGAGGAAUACCUGGCAACAAACCAGCAUAUUCACUACCAGAGAACAGCAGCUGAUUUCAAGGAGCCAUUCAGCAGUGCUCUACCGCAAAUUGGGGAACUUGGACUUGAACUGGUGUCUGUGAAAUCAUUUAAAUAUUAUUUGAAGCACCCCACAUUUGAUAUUGUCAACAAAGAUGAGACAGAAAAACUUGAAUAUUCCAAAGCAAUAGUUGCUGCUAUCUACCCUUGGAUGUACCACACACUUUAUCAAGGACUGUCAGUUUCGCGGGCGGAAGAGAAGAAAGAAAAGAUUAUUGACGAUUACUUCAGCAGAUUACAGAAAUAUGCAUUUGAGCAUUCUGACCACAAACCAUACGUUUUCUAUACAGAGGUUGUAAUUCACAAGCGUAUGUGAAUGUAGCCACCCCCCAAUAAAGAAGGUUCAGGCUGGUUUUGGACAAGAUGAAGUGUAUAGUGCGGCCGUCAACAUUGAGAUAGCAUUACACCCUGAUUGAGGACAGUGUACGCAUGCGUGAGUGACUUGACUGAACAAGUCUCUAAUACAGCAUAUACUGACUAGUGCUGACAUUAGGGACUAUUUGUUGUCAACGUGCAAUAUAUAACAACGAUUUAUUAUCGGAAAAUUCAAAAGCAGCCGGACAUAUUAUAUAUUGGGCACCAUUUUAAACAUGUUUAGAUGUACUAAGCAAGCCAGUAGGUUAUCUGUUUAAUAUUUAUAUCCUAGACGUAGCAUCUUUACUGACAUUGAAGUUUUCAAUUACCGUCGUGUUACCUUAACUGCCUUAAGUAUUUGAAAAAACUGGUGGAUUUCUCAACGUUUUAGUAUGGCCGUAUGUAAUGACCAGCAGUUUUAGUAUGGCCGUAUGUAAUGACCAGCAGUUUUAGUAUGGCCGUAUGUAAUGACUAGCAGUUUUAUGUCGGUAGGAUCAGUGGUCACGCAUAUCUGCUUUAAUUAAACGUAUAUGGGACCAAAGGUUCAUUUUCAAACUGACUGGUUUAAUUCCUACUCGUGUAAUAGACAACGUGUUUUAAUCAACGGUACAACUUCUGGUUGGUUUGAUGCAACUUCCUUGGUUCCACAGGGUUUGAUUUUAUUUUACUUUUUAUUAAUGAUCUGCUAUAUGUUUUCUAAUUCAUUAACGUGUACUGAUGACGUUAGUUUUUUGUGUUUUUAAGCCUGUAAUAACAGAUUGUGACCAGUUACAAAGUGAUAUCGAAGGAGUGUAGGAAUGUUAUUGUAACUUCGGGAUGAAAAUGAAUGUUAUAGUGCUGUGAUGUGUGGUUUGGUUUAUUUUGUUUAAUGUCAUAUUAAAAGCUAGUUCUAUAGAA